GCUGAACCAAGCGUAGAGGAUUAGGAAAGGUGCAUAGGGAGAGGAGGGACGAUGGAAAGGAACUGAUGCCGAAAGGCGAAACCGAGUCCAGUUCAGAGAAUAUGAGAAGAAAACCCAAACCGAAGGAACGCUCCCGCUUUUGAAAUUUGUUGUGAAGCAGAGCUCGAAAAAGUGGUCUCUUUUCUGGCUUUCUUUGCUGCACGUUUUCUUCAGAUCCCUCCCGAAUUCCGAUCAUAGAAGACAGCCAGAUUCUGAAUUGUAAUCUAAUUGGGUCGGAAAUGGCCGAAGAUGCCAAGGAGGAUCAAGCUUCUGGAGAAAACAAUUCUUUGUCUAGUGAUACAAAGAAAGCGGAAAGGGAAAUCAAUAAGCGGCGAAGAGGGUUACUCUCUCGGGUUUGGAAUGGGAUCUUUCGAACACGAGCGGAGGAUUUUGAGAAGAGACUGCAACAUAUAUCUAAAGAAGAAGCUGCCGUCCUUGCAAGGAUGAAAAGGAGAUCCCAGAGUUGGCGGCAGACGGCGAGGAAUCUUAUCGUUUUCUCCAUGGUGUUUGAGGUUGUUGCAGUAGGUUAUGCCAUCAUGGCAACGAGAUCACUGGAUUUAGACUGGAAGAUAAGGGCACUUAAAGUUUCUCCCAUGUUUCUUUUGCCUUUAUUAUCUUCUGUCAUUUAUUCAACACUUGUAAGAUUCACAAGAAUGUGUGAGAGGAAGGACCAGAAAACCCUUGAAAGGCUGCGUGCUGAAAGGCAAGCAAAAAUUGAUGAACUGAAGGAGAGGACAAACUAUUACACAACACAGCAGCUUAUUCAGAGAUAUGACCCUGAUCCAGCAGCAAAAGCAGCAGCUGCUACUGUUCUUGCAUCUAAAUUGGGUGCAGAUUCGGGCUUGAAGGUGUAUGUUGAGGAUGAGUUCAACCUGAAAGCUGCACCAGGAGACAGCAAUGAUGUUGAGCUUGUGCAAUCUAGUGGGCUUCGAAACCGGAAAAAAACUGAUGUCAAAUUUGGCAGUGCAGAGAGCACAAUGAUGACUCAACCAAUUGAUGAAACACUGCAUGAUUUUGGGCAGAAUCAGAUGGUUGUUGAACACCAUCUAAGAUCAACUGCCUAUGAUGGAGGAUGGGUUGCUCGUAUUGCAGCAUUGCUUGUUGGCGAGGAUCCAACACAAUCUUAUGCACUUAUAUGUGGAAACUGCCAUAUGCACAAUGGGCUGGCCAGGAAGGAAGAUUUCGCAUACAUAACUUACUACUGCCCACAUUGCCAUGCACUUAACAGGUCAGGGCAACUCAUAGAGCAUGGUUCCGGUUCCACCAACGCAAGCCUCCCAACGACCCCAACCACUCGUGAUGUGAUUAAUAGCCUCACUAGUGCCAUGACAGACAGCGAACUCCCAACUAACGAUCAGAUAAUGGCUGCUGCUGCUGCACAGACGGCAGGAAGUGAAGUAAACGCAUCUGGGGUUGAUUAAAGACUUAUUUCUGUACAAUUGCUUAUGGAAGGAACUUUUCUUUACUCUAUACCUCAUCUUUCGUUGUGGUACAAAAGUGUCUUGUGGUAGGAGUGGAGAAGCUUUUGUUUUUCAACUGUGAGAGCCCCUUCAACGACAUCUUACACCAUAUUCUAUACAUACCCGAUUGUCAUUU